CAUUUUCAACUUGAAUUUCAUUAAAACAGUCAAACAAAAUUUUAAAAAGUGCUAAAAAAUUUUCCAGCAUUUUGAUUGUCCAGAAAGAGACACUCUGGCUGUGCCGAAUAGUAGCAAAAUUUCAUUGUUUACGAGCGCUCGCUGUCCGCUCCAAGACGUCCGUCCCCAGACAUGGCACAGGCCCGAGUCGCAACAACAACUUCUUUGAAUGACACAAUGACGGCCAAGACAAAUGGUGUAUCUAUGCCGAUGUUGGGUGACAACAGCUGGGACGAGUUUACCAUAGAUGUGCCCUGGGGCAUUGUCGCAGGUAAAUGGUGGGGCUCGCGCAAUACGCAACCGAUUCUGGCGCUGCAUGGCUGGCAGGACAAUUGUGGCUCGUUCGACAGGCUGUGCCCGUUGCUGCCGGCGGACUGUUCAGUGCUGGCCAUUGAUCUGCCCGGCCAUGGACACUCCUCGCACUAUCCGCAGGGCAUGCAUUACUUUAUAUUCUGGGACGGCAUUUGCUUGAUCCGGCGCAUUGUGCGCAAGUACAACUGGAAGAAUGUCACGCUGUUGGGGCACUCGCUGGGCGGCGCACUCACCUUCAUGUAUGCGGCCAGCUUUCCCGAUGAGGUGGCCAAGCUGAUCAACAUAGACAUCGCUGGACCAACGGUGCGUGGCGUUAAGCGCAUGGCAGAGGGCACCGGCAAGGCGCUGGACAAGUUUCUCGACUAUGAAACUCUGCCGGAGAGUAAACAACCCUGCUACUCGUAUGAGGAGAUGAUCAAGCUGGUGCUGGAUGCCUACGAUGGUUCCGUGGACGAAGAAUCUGUUAAGAUUUUGAUGAAGCGCGGCAUGCGGCCCAAUCACAGCGGAUUUCUCUUCUCGCGUGAUCUGCGGCUCAAGGUCAGCUUGCUGGGUCUAUUUACGGCGGAACAAACCCUGGCCUAUGCUCGACAAAUACGUUGCAAGGUGCUUAACAUUCGUGGUGUGCCCGGCAUGAAGUUCGAAAUGCCCGAAGUUUAUGCUGAGGUUAUUGCAACGCUUAAGGCAAACGCCGAGCAUGUGGUUUACGUGGAAGUGCCCGGCACGCAUCAUCUGCACCUGGUGACGCCCGAGCGGCUGGCGCCGCAUAUCAAUCAAUUUCUUUUAAAUAAGUAGAUAAUGAUCAAAAUCCCGUUUGGCUCAGCUGCAAUUUUAACAUUCGCUCUGACAUAUCUUAAAAAGGUCCGGGGUCUUUUUUUGUUAUUGUUGCGCAAUGUGUUAAUCGUACAGUGUGAGCCGAAGGGCCCUAAUUAAGUAGGAGGCUUGAUACUGUAGAAACAUAA